UUUCUAGGGAAUGCAGGGUGAUUGCCGCCGCGCGGGAGCGUCGGCGGGCGCCGGCUGGUGCUGCGGGCAAAGAUUUCCCCGGAAGACGAUGGAUGGAGGCGCCGAGAGGUCGAAUUACGGGCGAAUGGAGUGAGAAAUUCGGGUAUGUGACUCAGAGGCGAAUCUUUGACAAGCGCCUUGUCGACGUUUGAGUUCUUUGCCCACGCAAUGGCGGUCUCGAGUGAAUCUGUGAUGAAUGAGCUCCAGCAAGUCCAGCUACGGGCGCAGAUUUUGGUGUUCGGUCGCCUCCUGCAAGGAACUGUUCCAGAGGAACCAUUGAUGGUCGGAGCUUUUUCAGAUACAUCAACGGGAUUGGAACAAGAUUCGUGGAACGAGGGACGACAUAUAUGGGAGAAGGCUUGGCAUACUGCCUCGAUAAAAGCUCGGGAGGAAACUGCGGCUCAAGAUGGUGAUGCUGCCACAGAUCCUGAUGCGGAAGGCAAUGCUCAAAGCACCACGCCCCGGCUUGUGGAGAGCAUGCCGACAGCCACGCGAUCCUCACUUACGGCAUUGCACCCGGCAGCAUUCCAGACUGAGGAAGAAGAUGGUUUACAAGGUGCAAGGAAAAGGAAAAAGUCGAGGCUGUCUGAUUCUCACCAAGACGACGAUGCAGAGGAACUGGAUAUUGGUCAAGUCAGACAGGAACUCGAGAAUGCGCAGUCCAUGGUGACAUCGAUUUUAGAACACAGAAAGACACUUCGUCCGCUCUUUCAAAAGCAGGAUGACGGUCAGGGUCUACUGGCUUCUGUCACUGUUGCCUUCGAAGCAGCAGUGUCGGCUGCCAAGGCAGCUGCUGCGGCCGCGGCUCUGGCCUAUGAAGCCGCAUCCCAGGCUGCAACUGGUCAUCCAGCAGGGGACAGAUACCAGCAGCAACCGGACUCUAACCCGUUGGACUACGAAGAAAUUUCGUGUGUGGUUUUGAAGGCCGUUUCACAAGCCCAGAUUGCUCUCGCAAUCGGCAGUUCGGAAUUUCGGACAAUGAACCGGCAGAAUCAACUAGCUACUCAGGUGGAUUCAUCUAUGCUGACCGAAGGGGUGAAUGUAGAGGUCAAGUCAGGUCAUCCUGAAGGAUGGCUGACUGCUAAGAUUAUAACUGUUAAAGACGGAAUGGUACUCGUUGCGUACCACGAGCUUGUAGAUGAUAGUAAGAAUCAUGUUACGGAAUGGCUACACAUUGAGCCUAGCCGCUCGACAUCUUUUGAACAUCCGAGACUCCGGUGUCCAUAUCCUACUUUCGAUCUGAAUGAGACUCAUGACGAGGCACCUAAAGUUUGGACUGCUGGGGAUCGCAUAGAUGUUCGAGAUGGGCAUGCUUGGAGAGAAGGGCUUGUUGUUUGGGCUGGCGACGACGAAUUGAUCGUCUUCUAUUCAAGUGAAGGUGCCCUGGACAGUGUGAAGUCCUGCGAUGUAAGGCCUUCGUUACUGUGGCAAGGGAACAGGUGGAUCCUGCGGAAAGAUCAAAUGGAAAAGGAAGCAGCAAGUCCCGGGCCUGACCUUGAAAACAAUGCAGACAAUGGUGAAACCGGCCCAUCACCCAACCACAAAAUGAGGAAACUCAUAGACGUUAUUCUUGAGGAAAGUGAAGCUCAAAGAAAGAGGGAAGAGAACCGCAAGGCAAAGAGGCAAAAGAGAAACGCCGAUACCAAGAACCAUAGCAAAGUCACUAGUAAGGUGAACAAGGCGAAGAGACUAAUUGAGAAGGCUAGCAAACCCAACCUGCAAGUAUCGGCCUCCCGUCUAACCAGGCAGUUUGUGGGCAAGCUCUCCCCGGCAUCAGCUUCAGGUAAUUCCUCCGAGGUGGUAAUUACUAAAAGACAUCAAAUCCUGAGACAGCUAGUAAAGCUCAAAGCGUCUCCAAGGAAAAGCUUGGCGAAGCAGCAGCAGGCAGCAAGCAAAGGCGAGCGGCCCCAACGGGUCAUACAACCAACGGCCAAGGUUGUUGAUUUUUUCGGUUCCAGAUCUUACUGAUUACGUGCACAGGGACUUGCAAGUUUUGAUAUGUUCUAAUUCUUUUUUAUACA